AUGAGGAAGCAGCGACUCCAGAAAGACUCCAAGAAGCCCCGAGUUCCCGUGCCCCACAUGGCCCUGUGGCGGCCCGGGGGCGGCCCGGGCGGCGCGGCCCAGCGCAAGGUGCGCGCCUUCUUCCGCUCGUGCCUCGACAUGCGCGAGAUCGAGCGGCUCGGCCCGCGGCCCAUGCUCGAAGUCAUCGAGGACUGCGGGGGCUGGGACCUGGGCGGCGCCGCCGAGCGCCCGGGGGCCGCGGCACUCUGGGACCUCAACCGGCUGCUGUACAAGGCCCAGGGCGUGUACAGCGCCGCAGCGCUCUUCUCGCUCACCGUCAGCCUGGACGACAGGAACUCCUCGCGCUACGUCAUCCGCAUUGACCAGGACGGGCUCACUCUGCCGGAGAGAACCCUGUACUUAGCUCAGGAUGAGGAGAGUGAGAAGAUCCUGGCUGCAUACCGGGUGUUCAUGGAGCGCCUGCUCAGCCUACUGGGGGCCGAUGCCGUGGAGCAGAAGGCGCAGGAGAUCCUGCAGCUGGAGCAGCGGCUGGCCAACAUCACUGUGUCGGAGUACGAUGACCUCCGGCGAGAUGUCAGCUCCAUGUACAACAAGGUGACCUUGGGGCAGUUGCAGAAGAUCACCCCCCACCUGCAGUGGAAGUGGCUGCUGGACCAGAUCUUCCAGGAGGACUUCUCGGAGGACGAGGAGGUGGUGCUGCUGGCCACAGACUACAUGCAGCAGGUGUCACAGCUCAUCCACUCCACACCCCGCAGGAUCCUGCACAACUACCUGGUGUGGCGCGUAGUGGUGGUCCUCAGUGAGCACCUGUCCCCGCCAUUCCGAGAGGCGCUGCACGAGCUGGCACGUGAGAUGGAGGGCAGUGACAAGCCACAGGAGCUGGCCCGGGUGUGUCUGGGCCAGGCCAACCGCCACUUUGGCAUGGCACUUGGAGCUCUCUUUGUACAUGAGCAUUUCUCGGCUGCCAGCAAGGCCAAGGUGCAGCAGCUUGUGGAAGACAUCAAGUAUAUCUUGGGCCGGCGUCUUGAGGAGUUGGACUGGAUGGAUGCUGAGACCAAGGCAGCUGCUCGGGCCAAGCUCCAGUACAUGAUGGUGAUGGUGGGCUACCCAGACUUCCUGCUCAAACCCGAGGCUGUGGACAAGGAGUACGAGUUUGAGGUCCACGAGAAGACCUACUUCAAGAAUAUCUUGAACAGCAUCCGCUUCAGCAUCCAGCUGUCUGUCAAGAAGAUCCGGCAGGAGGUGGACAAGUCCACGUGGCUGCUCCCACCACAGGCCCUCAAUGCCUACUAUCUACCCAACAAGAACCAGAUGGUGUUCCCAGCAGGUAUUCUGCAGCCCACCCUCUAUGACCCUGACUUUCCACAGUCUUUGAACUACGGGGGCAUCGGGACCAUCAUUGGACAUGAGCUGACCCACGGCUAUGACGACUGGGGGGGCCAGUAUGACCGCUCAGGCAACCUGCUGCACUGGUGGACGGAGGCCUCCUACAGCCGCUUCUUGCGCAAAGCGGAGUGCAUCGUGCGGCUGUACGACAACUUCACCGUCUACAACCAGCGCGUGAAUGGGAAGCACACACUUGGUGAGAACAUCGCGGACAUGGGUGGCCUCAAGCUGGCCUAUUAUGCCUAUCAGAAGUGGGUGCGGGAGCACGGCCCAGAGCACCCGCUGCACCGGCUCAAGUACACACACAACCAGCUCUUCUUCAUUGCCUUCGCCCAGAACUGGUGCAUCAAGAGGCGGUCACAGUCCAUCUAUCUGCAGGUGCUUACCGACAAGCAUGCACCUGAGCACUACAGGGUGCUGGGCAGCGUGUCCCAGUUCGAGGAGUUUGGCCGGGCCUUCCAUUGCCCCAAGGACUCACCCAUGAACCCUGCCCACAAGUGCUCGGUGUGGUGA